AUGGAGUGGAGAUAUCUGAAGGAUCAAUGGAAAAUGCAUUUUCAGAGGCCAGGAGGUGCAGAAAGUGUAUCACUGCACCUGUUCAGCACCAUUGCCCCCAUUGCCUCUACCACUUCGACUGCAUCUGUCAUCAUUGGGCCUUCUGAUUCAGGUCCACAUAUCCACUUCACCAAGAAGUCGAAGGACUUCAUCACUAGCCACAAGAAAAGGUCUGCUAUGAAGAAUGCCACUGCCUCUGUGUGCACACGUGAGACUGCCAGAGAGAAGGGGCUGAAGAAGGUGGGUGAGGAUAAGAAGGAGAAGGGAAAGGCAAAAGAGAAGGACAGGGAGCAGGAUCCCGAUGAUUCAAUGUGA